AUGGCACCCAAGAAGCCCGCUGCGACAGCUGAAGUUGCCCUUGUGCCACUGAAGAACUGCCUUGUGAACCUACCACCAUCGCUUGUCUCUCUGCUAGUCAAUGCAAACACGACUGCACAGAAUGUGAUCAUUGAAUUGCAGUACAAGUCAACUUCUCCCAAUGCCAAUGGAGCUUCUCCGCAGCAGUCAUGCUUCCUCGGUUGGACGGGUAUGCCGAGCAAGCGCAGGCUCGCGCCAGUCGUUGGAAGGGACGGGAUUAGCACCGGGUCGUCCAGAGAGCAGGAAAUAUCUACCGUCGAGCUUGAUACCACCUUUGGGCGACUCCUUGGUCUCGCCGAUGGCCAGAAGGUUGGACUUUUCAUCCAUCUCGACCCGCCAAUUGCACAUACAAUUAACAUUGAGCCGUUGACACCGGAAGACUGGGAGAUCAUCGAACUACACGCCACAUUCCUCGAGCUCAAUCUCCUAUCCCAAAUCCGCGCUCUCCCUAAUCCGACAUAUACUGCGGCGCAAACAAGUCACAUGCACCCGCUCGCAUUACAUCUCUCCCCCACAUCCACCGCCAAUAUUGUGAUUGCACCGGAUGCCGAAGUCAUAGUGGCCCCGAAAGUGAGAUCAAAGACAGGCAAAAGCUCACGGGGUGAUACUCGGAGUGCCUCUGGAAACAGCCGGAAAAGCGCCGGGGGAAGAAGCGGGUCAAGUACAGUUCGCCCCAAAAGUGGCCGAUCGGAUUCGAGCACACGCGGUUCCGUUUAUCUCAGAGGUGUAGACCGCUCGGCAACUACCCAACAUUUCGAUGCUGAAGUAGAGGACGAUGCAAACGAGGGUCUUCGCGUGUGGGUUGAUCCUGACUUGCUAGCAAGUCACGAGCUUCGCGGAGCAACUUGGGCCUGUGUCUCAGUUGUUCAACCAUCGGGUCUCAAGCCCCCACCAGAUCCUCAGCAGCAGCUGGCUCAGGCCGAACAGCAAAAGGCCAAUGAUGCGGGAUCUCCUUCCACCAAGCUCGUUGCAAAAUUGCUUCCGUGGGAGGAAGCCCCAGACAACCGGCAUGCGGCGAUGUCCACCUUGUUGUGCACGGCCCUUGGAGCGGAAAAUAUGGUUGGUGGAAUCAUCCGAGUUGAGGCGGCACCCCCACAGCUGCAUCGAUCGGCAGUCAAGACUCUUAAGGUUUAUCCCUUCAUUGGGGAUGCCUCGAAGAAGAAGGAUGGGCUCAAGUUUGGCGCCGAUACUGCAGCGUCUCGGGAUGCCUUGGCAGAGCGCCUCAAGGUCAUCUACGGCAGCACAGGUUCCGAUAUUGGCUUGUUCUCUGGACCUUUAACUGAUGGGGGCUCAGAAGAUACAAAAGCUAUCUUUGGCUGGCUACUAGGCUCAGAAGCCAAAUUGAACCUUGAAGUGCAAGCUGAAAUUCCCAAACCCUUGGACGCUACUUCAUCUAUUCUACCUUUGGAGGAUCCUCUUCCAGAGACAGCCCCCCAAAUGGUUGGCAUCGAUUCCAUAAUUGAGCAGUCGAUGAACAAUCUGACCAAGUCCUCCUCUAUAUUACUCACUGGUGGGCUCGGUGCUGGAAAAACAGCUCUUUCUCAGCUCCUGGCUCAUCGCAUGAGGCGCGAUCAUCUUUCUAAUGUCAAAUAUUUCUCGUGUCGCAAGCUUGUUACAGAUGAGACCCGGAUCUCCAACAUCAAAGAAACAUUGAGCCGCCUUUUCAUGUCCGCAGCAUGGUGCGCGCGCCUUGGUGGCCAGUCAGUCGUAAUUCUCGACGAUCUGGACAAACUUUGCCCCAUGGAGACUGAACUGCAAGUAGGUGGAGACAAUGGUCGCAGUCGUCAAAACAGUGAGGUCAUUUGCUCCAUGGUUCGAGAGUUCUGUGCGUUGAAUUCGUCUGUGGUUCUACUGGCCACCGCUCAGGCGAAGGAAUCACUCAAUAACGUCAUCAUUGGUGGUCAUGUCGUUCGUGAGAUUAUCAACAUGAGAGCUCCCGACAAGGAGGGGCGCCGCAAAGUAUUGGAGAAGCUUACGAGUCAAGACAAGCCCACAGGGAAUGCGAACGGACAUGUCCGAGCCGAGAGCUCUUCUACACAGGACUCCUGGCUAGAUCCUUCAAACCCCGGUAGCCGCCCAAGCUCUUCAGGGGGCGAUGGAUUUGUUAUCGGAAGGGACGUGGAGUACCUGGAGCUGGCUGGCAAGACUGAUGGAUACAUGCCCGGUGAUCUUGUUCUGCUCGUUGCUCGUGCACGCAAUGAAGCCCUCAUCCGCUCUGUCUCUGAUUUGACGUCAACAUCAAAGAUGAUAACCCUUGGGUUAGAGGAUUUUGAAAGUGCCCUAAAAGACUUCACUCCGGCGUCUCUUCGCAACGUCACAUUGACAUCCUCCACCACCACCUUCUCAUCUGUUGGUGGUCUAUUCGAAACUCGCAAGAUGCUCCUGGAAACAUUGCAGUAUCCCACUAAGUAUGCCCCAAUCUUCGCCCAGUGUCCAUUGCGACUGCGAUCUGGCUUGCUUCUCUAUGGUUUCCCAGGUUGUGGUAAGACGAUGCUCGCCAGUGCAGUCGCUGGUGAGUGUGGCUUGAACUUCAUCAGCGUCAAGGGUCCCGAGAUUCUGAACAAGUACAUCGGAGCUAGUGAAAAGAGCGUUCGCGAUCUGUUCGAGCGAGCCCAGGCCGCCCGUCCCUGCGUUCUGUUCUUCGAUGAAUUUGACAGUAUUGCGCCCAAGCGUGGUCAUGACUCAACUGGUGUCACGGAUCGUGUCGUCAAUCAAUUGCUGACACAAAUGGACGGUGCAGAAGGCUUGUCAGGUGUUUAUGUGCUGGCAGCAACAUCGCGCCCUGAUUUGAUUGAUCCUGCCCUCCUACGUCCUGGUCGCCUGGACAAGUCGCUACUUUGUGACAUGCCAAACCAUGAAGACCGUGCUGAUAUUAUUCGCUCGGUGAGCGAGAAGUUGAAGAUGAGCGACGAAGUAGCAUCGCGUCUAGAUGAUAUCGCUGCCCAGACCGAAGGAUUCUCUGGUGCGGACUUGCAGGCAGUUGUCUACAACGCCCACCUAGAGGCAGUCCACGACGCACUGGGCGACCGCACCGCCGACACAGCCAAACCCGGUACCAAAUCCUCCGCCAACUCCGCCAAUGCUUCCUCCAAAUCUUUCAUCCAGUUCCUGUACUCUUCAUCCGAGGAAGCAUCUGGAUCAGUAUCCAUGCCACCUCCUGCAGUAGUCUCUGCUAAAUUAGAAGCCAUCAAGAACUCACGGCGCCGUCAGCGCCAACUUGAGCAAGGAUCUGCAGGCUCGACUGGGCCUGCUCCCGUGGCCAAUGGUCCCGAGCCAGCCGCAGAUGAGCUGCGUGAAGAUAUCAUUGUUCGAUGGGAGCAUGUUGAGCGCUCCUUGAACACCACACGCUCAUCUCUCAGUGCACCAGAGCGAAGACGUCUGCAGGGGAUUUACAGGGAGUUUAUCGCCGGCCGAAAUGGCGAGAUGCCCAAUGGAGAGGCUGCUAAUGAGAUUGGUGGCCGAACUAGUCUGAUGUGA